AUGUGUACUAACUGCUGGGGCGAGCAUUGGAGAUCCCAGUGUACGAAAACCAAACGCUGCAGAAUCUGUCUACAAGAAGGACAUGAUCCAGGAUCUGAAUUAUGUGAUGCCUUUGUAGAAAACCAGAAGGAAGUCAUGUCUUUUGCUGGUUCUGAAAAUCCUCUUUCCAACUUUUUCCCGUGCUCCCUACAUGUAUUUGGCGUUCACCAUCAAUCCUCCGAACACGCAUUUCAGUAUGUCAAGGCCAUUCGAAAUGGAGACAUCCAAAAAGCGCAGGCUAUUCAAGAUGUAAACUCAGCCUUAGAAGCCAAAAAAUUGGGGAAAGAGAUUCACAGCAGUGAUGAAUUCCUGUCUAAGCGAGAAGAAGUAAUGGAGGAAAUUCUAAAGGCUAAAUAUAAUCAAGUGGAAGAAUAUCACGCUGUACUGAAGAAAAGUACGCCCUCCACUAUAUAUGCUGAAGCCGUCUACGACGAUUUCUGGGGCACUGGCCUAAAUCGGAUAGGAACGGAUCACACAGAUCACAAUAAAUGGCCCGGCAAAAAUAUCAUGGGUAAGCUUACUCACAAAAUCGCUUGUGAAAACAGACCCCCGAGUCGAUCAAUAUCCGUCCCCAGGAACACUCAGUUGUCGGACCAGAGGAACAUCUCAGACAUGCUCAGCAGCAUUCAAAAGAACGAUGCUAAAAAGCCGAGAACUGGACGAAACUCCCGAAACAGGAACACAUAA